CCUAAGGAAGUACAAUUCAGGAAAGAAGAAAACUUUAGGAACACUUAAAGAAUUCAUCGUGCUAUCUGGGCUGUAUAUACAUCUUAUAAAAUACUAUAUUCUUUUCUUGAUGUUUUCAUUAAAGAAAAAUCUGUUAAGUUUCAUAAGAAACAACACUUCGCAUCCACUUCUUACUAUCAUAUGAAUCUUUUGUUUGAUUUCAUUUAUACAAUUGAUCCGUAGGUGAAGAUAAUGGCUUCGCCCAAACCCUGACAAAAAUCGAUGAUGUCUUAGCUCGUCAUGGUAUUGACACGACAUCGUGUAUGCAACGUGUGGUGUGCUCUUACUCACAACAAGCAGCUACCACGGUUGGCAAUGAGGACAAUAGCGUAGAUGACAAGAUGUCGUCCUUCGACAAGAUGAUAAACAUCAUCACUACUAAUCAAAUGUUCCGCACGGCCAUGCAAGGUACAGCAGUACAAGAAGCAGCGGAAGCAGGUAGGGCCGGAAGAAACUGCUUAAAAUCAUAUCAACAUUGUGGAUUCUCAAUAGAGACUAUACUAUCAUUAUUGUCCAGUAUCAUCGCAGCCACGAAUACACGCGUUGCAAUGCCCACUGGCAUCUCAUCGUUGUAACAGUUAUUUAUAAAAUCUAUAAAACUGUUUUGUUUAUAAAUUAGUGAGAAUAUAUGUAAAAUAAAGAAAAUGCGUUAUAAAUUAUAUUAUAGUUUUACGUCUAAAUUAACCCUUAGCUAGCACACUUCAUCACAAUCACAUAGCUGGCCAUUUGAGACCCCAACCACUAAAAUGUUUGCUGCGUGGAAGCUAUUGAUUUUUUUCACUUAAAAAAAUUUAGUAAAAAUAUGCAGAAUAACGGACCACCCUCCGAUUUUAAUAAU